GUGAAACUCAUCUCGGAACUUACAUAAGGUUCUAACGGAGGAAAGCAGGAGAUAAUGAGCUCUAGAAUGAAAAAGAGAAAGAGAACAGUCUUACCAGAACCCAGCUGUGUGUCAAUGAAGAGUGAUGAGUCAAUGCAUCGUCCAACUAACUUUAGAGAUAGAGAAAGUUCUACAGAUCCCAGGCCACGAAGGAAGAAAGCAAAGAAAGCAACUGAAGAAAGUCAGUUAGAAUUAAUAUUCCAGGAGCUGGAACACAAAGUCAUCACUCUCAUAAAGAAAGAGCUGAAGAGGUUUAGGAAGCUCCUGAGUCCAUUCACUGAGAGUGAGGUGGAGGAUGAGAACAAUCUUCACAGUGUUACAGAAGGAGCGCUUAACAUCACACUGCACGUCCUGAAGACCAUGAACGCCACAGAUCUUGCUAACACACUGCAGAACCAGCUGUACCCAGUUGUUACUUGUCAGCAAAUAUUAAAAUCCAAACUGAAAGAAAAAUGCCAAAGAGUUCAUGAAGGAAUUUCACAGCCUGGAAGCUCAGCUCUUCUGAAUGAUAUCUACACAGAGCUCUACAUCACAGAGGGCUGGAGUGGAGACGUCUGUAAUGAACAUGAGGUGAGACAGAUUGAGACAGCAUCCAGGAGAGCAGCAACACAGGAGAAACCCAUCAAAUGUAAUGAUCUCUUUAAAGACAAGUCCAUCAGAUGUGUGCUGACUAAAGGAGUUGCUGGAAUUGGAAAAACAGUCUCUGUGCAGAAGUUCAUUCUGGACUGGGCUGAAAGAAAAGCAAAUCAGGACAUCACCUUUAUGUUUCCACUUCCAUUUAGAGAGCUGAAUCUGAUGAAGCAGGAAAAUCUCAGUCUGAUGGACCUUCUUCAUCAUCUUUUUCCAGAAAUUAAAAACCUAGAGUUAAUAGAUUGUAAUAGUCACAAAGUCCUGUUCAUCUUUGAUGGUCUGGAUGAAUGUCGACUUUGUCUAAAUUUCCGGAACAAGAGAGUGUGUGAUGUGACAGAGUCAGCCUCAGUGAAUGUGCUGCUGACAAAUCUCAUCAUGGGCAAUCUGUGUCCUUCUUCUGUCCUCUGGAUCACCUCUCGACCAGGAGCAGCCAAUCAGAUCCCUUCUGAGUGUGUAGACCAGGUAACAGAGGUACGAGGGUUCAGUGAUCCUCAAAAAGAGGAGUACUUCAGGAAGAGGAUCAGUAAUGAGAAUCUGGUCAAUAAAAUCAUCUCACAUGUGAAGUCUUCAAGAAGCCUCUACAUCAUGUGCCACAUCCCAGUCUUUUGCUGGAUCUCAGCCACUGUACUAGGGAGAAUGUUGGGUGAAGCAGAGAGUGGAGAGAUCCCCAAGACUCUGACUCAAAUGUUCACACACUUCCUGAUCUUUCAAGUCAAACACAAGGACAAAAAAUACUAUCAGAAUUUUUACCCUGAUCCUGAGAAGACCAGAGAGAGUCUCAUGGCACUGGGAAAACUGGCUUUCCAACAGCUGGAGAAAGGAAACCUGAUUUUCCAUGAAGAAGACCUGAGAGAGUGUGGCAUUGAUGUCAGAGAAGCAUCAGUGUACUCAGGAGUGUGUACGCAGAUCUUCAGAGAGGAGUUUGCGCUUCACCUGGGGAAGGUGUUCAGCUUUGUGCAUCUGAGUGUUCAGGAGUUUCUGGCUGCUUUAUACGCAUUACUUUCCUUUAUCAGCAGAAAUGUUAUAGAACAACAAUCCUCUGAAUUGUCCAAUAUUUUAAUCAAGUCAAACAUGCCUGAUUUCCUCAGGAGUGCAGUGGACAAGGCCUUACAGAGUGAAAAUGGACAUCUGGACCUGUUCCUUCGCUUCCUUCUGGGUCUCUCAGUGGAGUCCAAUCAGACUCUGUUACGAGACUUAAUGCCUCAGACAGAAAGCAGCUCUCACAGCAAACAGGAAAUAGUUGAAUACAUCAAGGGGAAAAUCAUGAAUAAUCCAUCUCCAGAGAAAUCCAUCAACCUAUUUCACUGUCUGAAUGAACUGAAUGAUAAAUCUCUAAUACAGGAAGUGCAAACUUAUGUGAAAAGAGAUUAUUACUGUAGUCUCAGUGGAACAAGACUCUCUCCUGCUCAGUGGUCAGCUCUGGUGUUUGUAUUACUGAACUCUGAACAGAGGUUGGAUGAGUUUAAUUUGCGUAAAUAUGACCCAUCAGAUGAAUGUCUUCUGAUGCUGUUACCGGUGGUUAGAGCCUCCAGAAAAGCUGAUCUUUGCUGGUGUAAACUGACAAAUGAAAGCUGUAGAGUUCUGUCAUCAGUUCUCAGCUCAAACUUCUCCAGUCUGAGGGAACUGGACCUGAGUCACAACAACCUGCAAGAUUCAGGAGUGAAGCUGCUCUCUGCUGGACUGAAGAAUCCACGCUGUACACUGGAGACACUAAAUCUAAGUGUGUGUAAUCUGACAGAUGAGAGCUGUAGAGUUCUGUCCUCAGUCCUCAGCUCAAACUCCUCCAGACUGAGAGAACUAAACCUGAGUUACAAUAACCUGCAGGAUUCAGGAGUGAAGGUGCUCUCUGCUGGACUGGAGAAUCCACACUGUACACUGGAGAUACUGAGGCUGUGGGAGUGUAAACUGACAGAUGAAAGCUGCAGAGUUCUGUCCUCAGUGUUCAGUUUAAACUCCUCUAGUCUGAGAGAACUGGACCUAAGUGACUAUAAACUUCAGGAUGCAGGAGUGAAGCUGCUCUCUGCUGGACUGGAGAAUCCACACUGUACACUGGAGAAACUACGGAUGUUUAACUGCAGUAUUACAGAUGAAGGUUGUGCUGCUCUGGCUUCAGCUCUGAGGUCGAACUCCUCAUCACACCUGAGAGAGCUGAACCUGUUCUGUAAUAAAACAGGAGAAACAGGAAGGAAUUUGCUCAGUGUUCUUACAGAAGAUCCGCUCUGUACACUAACCACACUAUGCUUUUAGUCACAUGACCUCACCAGGACUGACAUAUGAUGCUUUUCUGCUCAACAUGGCACUUGCAGUAAAACAUUAGAUUUCUAUUACAGGAGUGUUAUUGAGUUAAUUUUUUUUCUCAAAAUAAUUUUCUUUUCUUUAUGAUUAUCAUGUAAACAACUCUAUUGCCUGAUUUGUUGCCAGGGGUAUUUUCCUAGAGACUACUGUUUUUAUAUAAUUAUACAUAAACUAUUCAGUGUUGUGUAAAUGUCUCGCAUUUGCAAUUUAUGGCAACUCUUCAACUCUUGGACAUGAUUUGGAACGGCACACAGAGUUGUGCCGUUCCAAAUCAUGUCCGAAUCAACUGAAUUUACCACAAGUAUACUCCAGUUAAGCUGCAGAAACAUCUCAGAGAUGAUCAGGGGAAACAGGAUGAUCAGGGGAAACUGUGAUUAAAUACACUUUUGUGAGCAUGUUGACAUAUUCAUCUGCACACAAACAAACUCCAACACAACAGUAACACAAGAGUUUAUAUGAUUCAUUAGAAUAAUAGUUUUGUCUAAGUAAACUUAUUUAAUAAAAAAACUCAAUGAAUUUUCUGUCCUAAUGUCAUAUUUCCAUGAAUGUGUGUAUAUAUUUUGUGUAUGUUUUGUGUGUGUUUUCCACAAUACAGUAGUAUUAUAGUAGUGUAUGACUUAAAGACCUAGAAGGCCUUAUUUUCCUGUCUGUAUUUGUUGGUGUGUUUUUCUAUGUAGAUUCGAUGUGCUAUAUUAAGGUUUUACAAAAACAGUAUUUGUUGUAUGUAGGGAAUAUCUGAUUUUUAGUAUGUUUUAUUGUAUUCUGUGUGCAUGAGAACAGAGUGAUUUUCUUCCUGUUCUCACGACAUAAGCUGUACUUUCAAUAAACACAUCCUAUAGAAGUUUAUGUUAAAGGUCGUAAAACUGUUAAACGCUCGUAAAUGCAGAGCUACUCCUAAAUUUAUGUUCUUCCUUACCUUAUCUUUUAAAAGCAUUCCAGACUGGAUGUAAACACUCCUGCAUCCACCUUUUCUUUGGUUCUUUGUGUAUGUGCGUAUAUAUACUCCUGUCUCCCACAAUAAACUUUGAACGUCUCACUGA